AUGGAGAUCUGUUCACACCACAGCGCUUUACUGAGUAAUUAUGAGGUGCUGCAACUUCUCGAAGAAAUGCGAGAAAAACAACGAGAACAAGACCGACUGGAUCCGAAAAAUACCAAACAUGCAGAAAAUUUUCAAACGAUCCAGUUUGAGGUAAUUGAAUAUCUAAAAUCAGAUCAAUCGCCUGUUGACUCGCAAAAUGCUACACAAAUACAGUCCCUCCUUGAAGGAUUGAAAGACUAUCCAUUGACCAAAAUUGAAAAGCUGCAAAUCAUUAAUAUGCGUCCUACUUCUAUUAUUGAAUUACAUCUGAUAGAAGAACCAGAAGAUCGAGACUUGAUGGGAAAAUUUCCGGAAAUUUGUGAAUUGGUAAAGCUCCAUUUACCACGCAAGGACAAAAAUAGUGUGUCAGGCGUGAAUUUUGAUAUUGAAACGGUGCAGCAACAGCAGAAUAUCGAUAAUAAUGCUAUUAGUGAUAUUAAUAAUGUUGGGUUUCUUCAUAAUAUUGAGUUUGCUGGCAGCAGCAGCAGUAAUAAUAUUAUCAAUUUGCUUGGAAAUAUGCAUGAUUUUAUGGAAUUUUGCCUACGACAAUAUUUCAAGACUACUGGCUGGAAUGAAAACAAUCAAUAUUCCAAUUUAUGUGCUGCUUCAAGAGCCCUUUUGGAUUUCAAAACACCGUUUGGAUUUACCUUCACUUUAUCCAAAAUGCCGACACCUUUAUUCAAGUCCUCAUAUUGCAUGAAUGCUCUACCAACUUUAAGUGGCUCAAUUGGAUACUUGCUCACGUCUCGUCCGUUAUUAGUUGACCCGAGUGCAAGAGUUCCUUUUGAAGAAGUGGUUGAUCGGUUUAAUAUAUAUUAUUCCCCGCAAAAUUUAUCAAACAAUAAUGAUGAUCAAGACAACAGAGUGAAAAUAAAAGACUAUCUUUUGUUUGCUAGGAUGUAUAUUCCAACAACACGUCUCGAAGCUCUGUACUCGAAACGAUUCUCCCCUAACCUACAAUGUGUUGUGGCAGGAAUUAGUGAUUUGAAAUACAGGGCAGCCUCUCAUUUAACUGCUGAACUUCAUUAUGACGCGGAAAAAUGGUGCACAGAAUUUUCAUUCUCGACCGAAGGUGCGUUAUUUGGCAUAAAAGGGCUAUACAAUUUUACUGGAGACAACGGGAAAGACGAGUUAGAAGACGAAAGGAAACCAACAACCAUCGUAGAAUCAGAAACACCACAUUUUUUGGAUCGAGCAAAAACUGAUUCGAAUGACUACGAUAACGAAAAUGCUGAAGAAGAGGUAGAUGGAUUGAAAGGCCAGUGGUCAGUGGGUGCCGAAGUAUAUUACGGAGCAAGGGAGAGAAGUGGUGGAGAAGGGCGCAUUUAUUUAUUAGUCUUGAUUGACAUUUUGCUUUUCGAACUUACAGUCUCAACUGGAAUACGAUAUCGGACACUCCCACAGCAUCUCAACCAAUCACCGCUUACUGUGACCUAUCUUUUCAAUCCUAUAAUGGGGCAUAUGACAGCCGCUUUCGCAGCUCAAGUUUCUGAUGAUUUAGCGUUAUGUCCUAGAUUCUAUUUCAAUAUAUAUAGUUACGAAAGUGAUUUGACUAUUGGCUGCGAAUGGUGGCAACGGGAGAAAAUAAUCGAUAAUAACAGUGUGGAUAUAAAGCACAAAGAUGAGCACAAAGAUGAAGGAGUAUCUGAUAGUAAUCUUGUGUUCACAAAACCUAAAAGAGAAGUAUUGGGUGUAGUAAAGGCUACUAUUGGGACAUCUAAGGGUGUAAGUUUACUAUGGGAAGGUAGGUAUGGAAGAUCGUUGUUUAGCAUGGGAGUUGUCGCUGAUUUAACUUCACAUUCCUCGCCAAUACGGUCGUUAUCGAUAAAAAACACGUUUUCAAAUCGAAUAUUAACAAGCAGAAUUGCUACAUCAAAUAAUAAUCAAGGGUUGUCUCUACGUUGGCAGUCGUGGCUCAAACGUUCAGUAUUUCGAUUAUAG